AUGAUCUUUGUGAGCUACAAGAGUGUUCCUCAUCGAUGUGCACAGUGUGGAAUUUUUCGGCGUGAUGUUGGGCAUGGCGAUGAAUGUCGAUCUCUGGACGUUUUGCAAGAUAGAGAACUGGUGGUUGCUGGACAGGUUGAUUUAGAAGCAUUACAAGUGCAAUGGGCUCCUAAACCUGCGGAGGCUACCAGUGAGGCCGAUAAGUCCUCGUCUAAUGAAGCAGUUCCGGCUUCAUCUAGUGCAGGAAAUACUGAGAUGGCUUCUCCAAUGGUUACUCAGUCUGCUGUUGCUCAGACCCGUCCUCAGACAGUUGGGGACCGGGCUAAGGAAGUGGUGGAUGAUGAGGGUUUUCAGCUUGUGGUCAGGAAAAACAAUCAGUCUUUUGCAGGGGGAGCCUUAGGGUUCGUCAAUCGGUAG